GCCUUUUCCAUCUCCUCCUGAAUGGUUCUUCUACAGAGAAAUUGCCCGAAAAUGGGAAAAUUGGCGAUCCUCAAACCAUCUUUGCUCCUUAAGGACUAAGCCUUUCCUGGUUUCCUAGUCACCUCUAGAAUGAAAAAACUUCCUCUUCUGACUCUGAUCUCCUGGAUUUGCUUUCUUUUUUAUGCUGGAAUUGGUAUUUUUCUUAGUGGUUUCCUCUUAGUUAAAGUUGAAGUCAAUCGCACCAGUUCCUGCAGAGAUCCUCUGUUUUCUGAAAAUUGGUCAUUAAAUAUUUAUUCUAAGAAUGUUUCACAAAAUCAACUUGUAGAUUUUUGCUGGAGCAAGCCACGGUUCAGUAGAGCAGUUAUCCUCAUCAUUGAUGCUUUGAAAUAUGAUUUUGCUCAAUUUGAUUCAAAGGUUAAGGAUCCACAGCAUUUUCAGAAUAAGAUCAAAGUGUUCUCAGAAUUUAUACAGUCUUCGCCUGCCAACAGUCGGUUGUAUGCUUUCAGGGCUGAUCCUCCCACCACUACUAUGCAGCGAAUCAAAGGUUUUACAACGGGCACAUUACCAACUUUUGUAGAUAUAGGCAAUAAUUUUGCUUCCAGUGCCAUCUUGGAGGACAACCUUAUAAGCCAAAUGCAGAAAAAUGGCAAACGUGUUGUGUUUAUGGGUGAUGACACCUGGGACAGCCUGUUUCCCAAACAUUUUCAACAGUCUUUUCCAUUUCCAUCUUUCAAUGUGAAAGAUCUCCAUACAGUGGAUAAUGGCAUUCUCAAACAUCUUUAUCCAAGCAUGAAACGUAAAGACUGGGAUAUAAUUAUUGCCCAUUUUCUGGGUGUAGACCACUGUGGACACCGCUACGGUCCUGAUCACCCUGCAAUGGCCGAAAAACUAACUCAGAUGGACCAAGUUAUCAGAUCGGUGGCCAGACGUAUUGAGAAUGACACUCUGCUUGUAGUCUUUGGGGAUCAUGGAAUGACUGAUACAGGCGAUCAUGGUGGUGAAAGCCAAAAGGAAACUGAUGCUGCUCUUUUCCUGUACACACCAAGCAUGUUAGUUUCGACAGAGCAGGAGCUGGUGGAGCCCAUGGUGGUGCCACAGAUUGACCUAACACCAACGUUGGCACUUCUGCUUGGUAUUCCAAUUCCUUAUAGUAGCAUUGGAAAGGUGAUGGUUCAACUCAUCCCAUCAGGAGACCUCCUCAAUCAUAAUGCACAGGAGCUUGAACAGGCUGAAGCUCUCUUCAUUAAUGCUAAGCAGGUAAACCGCUUCCUGGAAACAUAUUCAUUGGUUGCAAAACAUCUUCCACAAGAAACACUGGACCACCUUCAAGACAUGUAUUUAAAAGCUACCAAGAAUUAUACAGUGUUACGUGAUGCAUUUGCUACCCACAGUCCAUUGAAUUCCCAGGAACUGAAAAAACUUAUUUCUGACUUCCAUAUUUAUCUUGUCAGUGUGCAAGAGAUGUGCAAGAUUUCUUGGGCCCAGUUUCACUGUCUGCAGAUAAUAGUUGGCAUAAUUGUACUGGUAGGCUCCUGUGUAGUAUGUUUUAUUGUUUCUGAAUUUGCAAGUAUUGUUGAAUCUUCAUACAAAGAGCUACUUUACUUAGCAAUUUUCACUGGUGCUUUUGCAAGUGGAACAGUUGCAAUUUUUCAGUAUUUUUGGUCAGAGUUUGAGGCAUUUUCUAUACUUGGUACAUUUACUAUUGUGGCACAAGUUGCUUUUCUGUGGAAAUUCAAUCAUCUAAAAAAUUCAAAUAGAUAUUUUUUAAAUCGCGCCCUUAACAUCGCAAGCACUGCUUUGAAGGGUGAGCUGCAAAUGACUAGCCCUCUUAUUGUGUUUAUGGUAUUUCUUUUACGAUGUGCCUCACUCUUCUCAGACAGUUAUAUAGUUGCAGAGGAGCAAGUGGUUUCUUUUCUGCUGUUGAGCCUUGGCUUAUUCAUUCUUGUGCAUCAUACCUGGCAUGGUAACCUUUUACAUUCAUUUAUUGAUGGAUCUAAGAAUACUACCCCAGGUAUGUCUUCUCAGCAAAUGGCUUUUUUGAAGGAGAAGAAAACAAUGCAUGUUCUAGUGGCCUGUGUAGCACUUUUAAUGUUUUCUCUCUGUUUAUCUCAUGUUUUCCAUGGCUGCAGAGAUGAACAGGUGAUAUGCACUCCUUCACUUUUCCUAGCACCCCUGUGUACCGUGCAGGAUGUGCAGCUGCGAAAUAUUCACUAUGUUUUGUCUGUGUGCUCUUUAUUUACCUCUUACUAUUUGGUUCGUCGAUGGUUAUGCCAUUAUGGCAAUUUUAAUAGCCACAGCCUUGCUGUUUUUGUGGCUCGCUUUGAGCUACCUUUGUUGGUUGUUUGCAUCUGUUUGUAUUGGGCUGUGAGCUCAACUCCUGAAGAAAGCUUUGUAAAUUGGCAACAAUUUAUUAGACUGGCCUCAUCUAUUUUCCCAAGGGUGGCUUUUGUUCUCUUUUGUCUGGGCAUGGCUGCAGUGUUCUGGAACCCUUUGACUGUCUUUGUAAAGCCUAAAGUAUUAUCAGAAGAAGGCCCCAUCACCCACUCCUACAGAGCCAAUGCAUGUGUAAGCCCACAAGCUGAAUUGCUACACCUCAUUCCUCAUAUCUACCAGUGCAUGCGACGCUCCUAUCAAGUACCAAAGGAAGAGGGAGAAUCACCCAAGGAUGUAUACUACCAACCAACAGUGGAAGCCUUUGGCUUAGGAACAGUUUACUCUGCUCCUAUGCUUUUGAUUCUGGUGCUCUUUCAACUGCUUCUGGCUUUGCUGCACCCCGAGGGUCUGGCUUUAUCCUUCUUACUGAUGCUUCUAGAGGCCUUUGCCAUUCUACAAAUACACUCUACAACGUCAUCCUUACACUGCUCUCGUCUCUACUCAGACAAAUUUUCAGUUCCCUGGUGUGUUGUUCUGAUGUGGGCAUUAGCUGCUACUCAGUUUUUCUAUGCUACUGGUCAUCUGCCAACCUUUCCAUCAAUUCAGUGGAAUGCUGCAUUUACUGGCUUCAGUGAAGGCCACUCUAAUCAAGUAUUGCCAGCCCUGCUAGUCCUGCUCAAUACCUUCUCUAGUUGUAUCCUUUUAGCAGUAAGCUGCCCUUUACUAUUGUUCUGGCCUUUAAUCUGUGAGCCGUCAAAUACAGCAAAAAGUGGUUCAAGGCUGGGAGAAUUAAAGUCAGAUUAUAUUCCUGUGAUGGAGAUGAAGCUAAGGGACAAUCCAGAAUAUUUUUCCCGUGCGCUACUGCAGUUGAUGGCACGAUACAUUUUCAUCCAUGGGGCACAGGUGAGAAAAUAUGAGAAUAUAAAAUUAGGAUGUGCAUAUGGUAAGAUACAUUAG